AUAGGGAAGGCGUCAACGUCAGCGAUACUGGAGCGGCGGCACACAACGUCCGAGCGGGGACAAAGUUGUACCACAGCUGCCACGGACACCACAGCGGCCGCAACCCCGCCGCCCGAAGCUACUGCUCGCCCGAACCCAGCCAGCCCGGCCGCCCGUCCGUCCGCCCGUCCGUCCGGCCGAACGAUAAUGGAGAUCCGUCUUGCCGUCUGCGCGGUCCUGCUGCUAGCGGUCGGCUACGUGAAAGCCUUCGGCUAUGUGUCCGGCCCUGAUGGCUACAAGAGUUGCCCCAAGAAGCUGCUCGAGAAGCCGUUCCAGAGGGGCUGCGCCAACGACCAGGAUUGUCCUUCUUCACUGCACAAGUGCUGCGUCUUCGACUGCGGUCCCGUGUGUGUCACCCCCGUCGUAGUGAAGUUUGGCGUGUGCCCGGUGCGCCACGGAAUGGGCAUGUGCGCCGAGUACUGCACGGAUGAUGUGGAGUGCCCCGGUGAUGAGAAGUGCUGCAGCAAUGGCUGUGGUCACGAGUGCAUGAAGGCCCACUCGGUGAAGCCCGGGAAGUGCCCCCAGCCCAAGACGACGGGGAUGUGCGCCGAGUACUGCGAGCACGACGGGGACUGCAGCGACGAUCAGAAGUGCUGCCAGACCACUUGCGGCCACGCGUGCAGUGACCCCUGCGAGUAGCCCCCCCCCCCCCCCCCCCCCCCCCCCCGCUCCCACCCCCACCGGCGGAGGGGAUUGGAAACCCCCCUUGUAGGUCGGGCGCAUGGAAUUCCCCGAGCGGAGUUUUUCCUCCUCGGCGCGCGCGCGCGCGCUCACUGCCGGAUUUAGGAUGUCUGUUCCCCCUGGGGGACGCCGGAGCAGAACGCGAAGAGUCCCUCGCUCUAUCCUUAGCUAGUUCCUUGUGAGCACCAUCGUUAUCACCGGACGUCAUCGAUCCCACUGCUGGUCGACGGCUUCGCCAAAAGUCGGCACGGUUACGCACGGUGCGAAAGAAGUGAGACGUACACACGUCCCUCGUGGUCCCUCGUGGUCCCUCGUGGUCCCUCGUGGUCCCUCGUGGUCCCUCGUGGUCCCUCGAUGCGGCAAUCCACCUUGCGUCCGCGCACGCGAGCUUUUAAAUCGCUCCAACUACACGAGUGGACGUUCUCUCGGAUGUGUUCCACGACCGAGAUGCAAGCUCCAUGAAUGUUGUUGACCUUCGGUCAUCAUCCCUUCUAACGACGUGUCCCUCCGAAGCCCGCUUAGUUUGCUUAUCACUUAGAAUGAUGUGUUCAACCUUGCGCGUGUGUUCACGCGUCCAUGUGUUCAUCUUUUUGUUGUUGUCAGCACGAUAGGAGAGGCUUAAUCUAUGCCAGUUGGGGGGGGGAAGACUUGAAGGAUGAAAUGCAAAACAACUUAAUAAACAGCAUUAAAAAAUGCGAUCGUUUAUAUUGUUCAUAAAGAUGUCAUCACGCCCAAAACUGUUGAUGUCACCACAUCUCGCAAGCGAUCUCCGCCAAAGCUCGCAGCUGCCACACAGUCGACACGCGAUCUCCAAGAUUUGCCGUAACAGAAUCCCACCGUUUGUUCGUAGGUCUUCCCCUUGGUCGCUGGACUCGUGGAGUCCAUAUAUUGGUCAUACUGCAACAAUAAUCAUCAUGCUAAAACAAUAAUAAUCAUACACAGUCCCUAGUUUUUUUUUCCCCCCUGUCAGCCUCUCUGGAGAUGUCGGCCGCGGGACAAAUGCCCCGUGUGCCUCCCCUACACCUAAAUCCGGCCCUGCGUGCUCCUGCGUUGCGUCGUGUGUCACUGCGUUAGAUCGCGUGCACCCGUGUUAGAUGGUGGACUGAGACAGCCUGCCGCUGGAGAUGUUAUCAGUCGGGCCAUGUGCAAUGACUGUUGCUGCAUGUGUGACGUGUGCUGUCUGCAGACUGCGGCUUCAAGGGAGUUACAAGCCUGUUGGGAAUGUGUGGGUGCAUGUGUCUGCGCGUGCGCAUGUCUGUGCAUGCAAGCGCGCGCGUGUGCGGGGAGCGGUAGCGUGGUGGUUCGCGCACUUCACCAUGAAUCUGGUGAUCCGCGUUCAAUUCCCGCUCACGACCAAUAACAGUGGCGAAUGUUUGAACUGGUCUUGGGCCUCCCCAAGGUUGACUCGGCCUCAAAUGAGUACCUGGUGCGAUGUGUAAACAUCACCACUAGGGAGACAAAGGUGGCAAGGCGUUGUGCUGGCCACCCACCCCCUCGUGUGCUAUGCUGGCCUUCAUCGGUGCUCGCUAACAGCACUUGCCCCAACAGUUUAUACGGGGGAUCUUUGUCUUUCAUAUGUGGACAGUGGUAACAUCGUGGUUAUCCCACCACACUACAAAACCGGCAACUGGAGUUUGAUUCCAGGCCAUGGCAAACAUUGGCGGUGAAUACGUUAACCAGUCCUGGGCCUCCCCUAAGUUGAUUGAGCCUUCAUUAUCUUGGCAGACAAAGGUGGUCGGGUGUGGCGUUGUUCGUGCCGCUACAUCAUGUGCUGUGCCGGCCUUCAUAGGUGCUCAACAGACAGCAUUGGCUGCAGCAGCCUGAAAAGAGCUUAAAGUGGAUCUUUCUCUUUGUGCGAAGCGUGGCUACGGAGCUAUACUGUUAUGCCUUAAAUAGUUAAAUUUUCAGUUGCAGUGAUUUUCUCUUUUAAAAAUUGUCGCGUAAAUCUAGAUGUGGGAUGUUGCUGUUUUGGCCCAAAUGCCACAGGGACAUCAGAACAAAAUAAAACGGAGCCAUAAGAGUG